AUGAUAAAGAUUCGGGAAGGCUUGUGGCUGGGUAACAUAUGGGAUAUAGAGAGUCUGAAUCAGACAAGGAUUGCACAACAUGGUAUUACACAUAUUCUGUCAAUGGUGGAAGUUGGAGGCUUUGACAGCACCAAGUUUGGAAUAGUGAGAAAGGAAGUGGCGAUUGAUGAUGUUGAGAGUGAAAACCUCCUUAUCCAUCUUGAAGAUUGUUUGGAAUUCAUUGACAAUGCGAUUGUGGUAUGCAAGGGUGUGGUGCUUGUCCACUGCCGCAUGGGUUUGUCAAGGAGUGUUUCAGUGAUUGUGGCGCACUUGAUGAGGAGUGAAGGGCUAAGUUUUGCAAAGGGUCUCGCGGAGGUGGAAAAGAUGUCGAGUGUGCAAGCUCCGCGAGAGAUUUACGAGGAGCUGAGGGGGAUCGACGGGGUGAUCCGCGAGAGAGGCUACGUCCCGGAUAUCAAGGCUGUGUUGCAUAGGCGAUUGCGUUUGGGAUGA